AUGCUAAAUGGCGACGUUGACUCAUCUUCGUGGAACGCCACCACAUCGGUACAGAACUUCCCGCACGAUCGCCUGCCGGGGGCGAAUCUUUCUUACAAGUGCCUGGGGGAGUUCUACAUGGAGGGAAACGUCUUUGAAGACCGAACAUUUCAGGGAAAUGUGACAUGCCUGAGCGGAAACCCCCCGCGGUGGGACAGAAACGUCACCUUACCUUGCAGCUUUGGGUGUACGGACGACUACGUAGAGAGCACAACAGCCGAUGAAUGCUACAAGUUCAUGGAAGAUCCUAAGGCGACCAGCUUCCUCAACGCCGCCUACAGGUGCACGGCACAAGGAGCAAACUUGGUGCGAUUAAGAUCUGGCAACCUGAACCUCUCGAUCUCCGAAUCAGAAUAUUACACAGCCCAUGGUAGCAGAUACAAAUUCGACAACCCUUCAAAUCCAUCAAAUGAACAUGAUUGCUGGUCAUCAUCGACAAGCAAUGGAGACGGCAGACCAAACGGAUGUAUCAUCUUGAAGAACAAGACCCAACUGAGCUGCUCAAAUUGCUGGUCUAACAUAGGAUACGCUUGCAUGAAACCCGCGGUGUGUCCUACGAAGUACGUCCGCGCUGGGACAGGCGGCAGCUGCUAUUAUAUAAGAGACAGGAAUAUUGCAGCAGACGUCACCUACGGAUACUUUUUAUCCGAGCUUGCCAGUCUUCAGCAGAACUGCAGUGCGACAGGAGGAGCUCUAGCGCGGCCUACGUCUCUCAGCGACCUGGAGAGUCUCGUUAAGUUUAUUCAGAAACAAGAUGGACCUUAUCCAAUGAAUGUGGUGCUGGGACUAGCGUCAAGUGUGGAUGACAAUUGGUCCUUCGAUGCCUUCCCUCGUGAUGCUGCCCUGGAGUCGCUGUUCAAAGCCUCCGCAUGGGGCGUCGCGGUGCUCCAAGUUAACCAAACAAGCUACAAUUUCUCCACUGGACCAACCACCAUCCACAAAUAUGUCUGCAUGUGGCCAGGACACCUCAGAUGCGAUAGUGACCCACCUCCUGCUACUCAAAACAUGACGCGGGAUAUCAACACGGAAAAAGGAGAAUUUCUUAAAGCUACCGGAAACUCCGCUGUUUACAAAUGCUUCCCGGGAUACUUCAUCAACGGCAACACAAGCAACCCUGUCCGCCAGAGGUAUUGGUGCGUGGGUAACGCAGGGAACUGGCGGUACGACAGCACUAAGUACACGGAACUGCAGAACUGCUCCAAAGUUCCUGUCUGUCAGUCGCUGGUGGAGGCUGAGCGUACAAACUUCACUGCUGCCGGUAUCAGCGCAGCUAACGUAACAAUGGACGACCCGGAAUACGUGAACGGCACCAUGAACUACACGUGCCCAUAUGGCGCAAGCACCAGCAGUGGAAAGCGAUUCCAGUCAAGGAAGUGCAUAAUUGUGAAUCCCAAGGCCGUUGACGUUGCGCAGAACUUCACUUUGACGGGAGACCCCUUUGAGCCCUGUGCCCCAUGCAAGGCUACACCUCCCUGCCCGGGCUCGAACAUGACAUGGGACAAGAACUUCACCAACGCCAUCGUCGGCACCGUCGUCAACUAUAACUGCUCACCAGACUACUUCUACGGCACAGAUGAUAACAUGGCUCUGCUCUCCGACGCCUCCGUGAGGUGCAACGAGUCUGGUCUUUGGCAAGAAAGUCCAAAUUUUAAAACUGAUUGCUUUCACCGUUGCAACUGGGUGCUGGAUAAAUGGGAUAAUUCCCACUUUUCUGCAUUUACAAAUGAUUACAAGUAUUUUCCUAGCGACACUUUAGACGUCGUGUGCGACUUCGGCUACGAGUGGGCGCUCGACAAACGCAGCCAAACGAUCAAGUGUAAUGACCAUGGAUGGGAUCUAUCGCAGCUAAAGACUUGUGUCAGAGCUUGCGAGAUCAAUGACGUCAACAUCACGAAUGCUGUCUCGAACCACCAAGAGAAUGCGUCAUAUACUAAUGGGUCGAUGCUCAACGUCAGCUGUAAAGAUGGCUACGAGUGGAAGUUCAAGGAGCGAGUGCAGAAUGUCACUUGCGCUGCGAGCGGCUGGGACACAACUAGAUUCCAGCCUUGUUAUUUAGGCAAGUAG